AUGCUCUCCGUCGCCGCUAAUCAUCCCAAAAAAUUAGCUCCAACUUAUAUCACAAUGGAUUCUUAGUGGGACCUGAUCAUGUAGGUUAUCUUUUCGGCUUGUAUUUUACCUUGCUUUAGUUUAAAAUUAUGUAAUUUGGAUUUUAUUUUCAGUAUUUUUGGAAAUCUUUGUGUCCCGAGACGGAACCUACGAAUUUUUCCCUUUCCGACCAAGCAGCCAGAAGAACUCGAGACUUCGGAUCAACAUGGAUUCAAGAAAGAGCAUGGUCAAUACGAAGCAGUGAAUGUAAAAUGUAAGUUUUGGUUAGAUUAUGGAAUGUAGAGGACCUUCGACAUGUUUUUAUAAUACAGGGUGUCCAGAGAAAUUCCGCGGAAAGUUUUUGUCGAUUUCUGGGCGCUAAAUCAAGAUAUCCAAACAAUUCUUUUUGCAUCGUAAAGAUGAAGAAUUUCUUCAAACACCCUGUGUUAGCAUUCGUGUUUUGACGUUUUCUUUAUUUAUUUUUAUUUUCCAGACGUUUUCGAUACCAACACCCAUUAUUUUGACCCCAUUUGGAAGUUCCCCCACUGCCAAUUGUAUGAAAAAAGAAGAAAAAAGCCAAAAAAAUAGAAAAAAAAAUUAAAAAAUAUAGAAGGCUAAAAAAAUGAAAAUAAAAAAAUGAGAAUUGUUAAAAAGCCAAAAAAAAGUCUUAAUUAAUUUAAAAAAGAAAAAAAUCUUAUACUCUUAUAUUGAAAAAAGAAAAAUAAAAAAAGAAAAAAAGAAAAAAAAAAAGAAAAAAGGCUAGAAAAUAAAAAAAGAUAAGAUAAAAGCCUAAAAAAAAAGAAUGUAAAACAAAGACCCAACUCCAUCUUCACCUUUCGCUCUCCACUCCCACCACCUCCUUAUCAACAUGGAAUUCAAGGAGUCCGUGGUCAAUAUGAAGCAGUGAAUAUAAAAUGUAAGUUUUGGUUAGAUUGUGGAAUGUAGAGGACCUUAGACAUGUUUUUAUAAUAUAAUAUUAGCAUUACGUUUUAUUUAUUUGUUUUUUAUUUUCAGAUAUUUGUUGA